GCAUCAUCGAAGUGAUGCUGCAUCCAGCUUAGUCGCAUUGGUCUCGAUUGGAGGAAGUGCUUUCGGUUUUCCACUUCUUGAUCCUAUAGGUGGAAUUUUAGUAGCUGGAAUGAUUCUGAAAAAUGGAAUUGAAAUUAUGAUAUCAUCGGUAAAAGAAUUGGUUGACAUGGGAGUGAAAGAAGAUGUUAUAAAGAAAGUUGAAAAGGCUGUUUAUAAAAUUCAGGGCAUUGAACCAGGUAUUAUCAAAUUUCAUAACAUAAGAGGUCGCAAGUCUGGCCCAUUUCAUUUGAUUGAUAUGAUCGUACAGGUUGAUCCAGACUUGAAAAUUUCCAAAGUACGUCAUAUUGAGGAGGAAAUACAAAAAGAGGUUAAAAAAGAAUGUAAAAGUGUCAAAGAAGUCUUAGUGAAUUUAGACACUAACGAUAUUAAACACUAA